ACUUAAGCCAUCAGCCCAGCUGGCAGAAAAGUGUAUUCAAAUGGUACAGCUUGAUUCAUACCUUAAUGAACCACAUGCCGGACCCGUUCCAAAGUAUUUCCUGAAGGAGAAGUACUAUUCUUUAAUUUGCUGCAUACUUUUUAAAAACGUCGCAGUGCCAGUGCAGUGAACCCUUCCCCUUCCCUGUAGGUAGCCUGCGCGUGGGUCGUGUGUCCGUACCUCAGGCGCGGUGGCUUCACCGGUUCCGCAUGAGGUCGGCCUGACCUCGACCCAAUCUCUUGGUAUCGUAAUUACUAUGGAGCGAUGCCACUUGCGCCCACCGUCCGGCUCUGUCCAGCCUUUACGUCGUUAUCCUUUUAAUGAGCUCAACUGCCCCGUCCGUAACGUUUCCUGCCGCCCAAUCUUUCCACCAAACCAUCUCCUGGGCCCGACUCUAGGAACAGCGCCGCAAACAAAAGAAAGAAAGCCAGAAGACACCUUUCUGACGGACCAUCUCGACGGUGGCUCCUCCACCAAUAUAAGGCGGUCCCGAACUUGGCCCUCGCUAUUGAACCAGGCUUUCUUCUUUCCUCGCCCCAGCGGCCAGAAAAACCUUCGGCGGAAACGAAGGGAAGGCAGUUCCGUAGUACCGUUUGUUUUGACUUGAGCUAGGUGAUAUCUCCCGAAUUGUAAUAUAAAAGAUCCACUUCCCCAUUUGCCCUCGAUCACAAUUUCUUCUUUUCUUGACCUUCCUCCCUCUAUUUUGUCUUCCCCCGCCUCGUCUUUCCCCUAAAUCCAACCCCAAGUUCUUCGGUCGGCCGGCUUCGUAUUCUUCCCCUCGCGGAUGGGAGCAGCAGAGGAGGAAGCGAUGGGGAAGCGAGAGAAGCGAGAGGAAUUCAACGUCAUAGGCACAGCACCAGAGAUGGGAGAGGAGGAGGUGCGUAUGGUGGAGGAGAUACUGGGUUAUAGAUUUAGUAACAAAGAUCUGGUGGAGGAGGCUUUGACUCACAGCUCCUUCUAUUUGCCGUACAAACCGGCGAAGUCGUAUGAGAGGCUGGAGUUCAUGGGGGACGCUGUCCUCACCUGCAUCGUGGCGAGGGAGGUGUUCUCCUCGUACCCAGAUCUCUCCCCCGGCCCCCUCACCCGUCUCCGCGCCGCCAACGUCGACACCGAAAAGCUCGCCCGCGUCGCCGUGGAGCAUGGCCUCCAUCGCUAUCUCCGCCACAAGGCCCCCCAGCUCCAAGCCCAGAUUCAAGAUUUUAUGCAAGCCAUGAUGGAACAUCCGAUCCAUUCCAACGGCCUUGUUGACCCACCUAAAGUCCUGGCGGACAUUGUUGAAUCCCUCCUUGGAGCCGUUUUUUUAGACACCAACAGCUCUUUGGAAACUGUUUGUGAGAUAUUUAGGAGGCUAGCUGCGCCACUGAUCAAUCCAGAGACUUUAGGAAAACACCCAAUGAGCGAGCUCUAUGAACUCUGCCAAAAGCUAAAGAUGGAUGUGACCUUCUUGAAGGGCGUGUGGCCUGAAGAUCCAAAGAUUGAGGUCUUGGUUGAUGGCAAAUUGGUCGGGAGUGGGAAUGGCCAGAAGAAGGAAAUUGCUCAAAAUCGUGCCGCGAAGGCUGCGUUGGACAGACUCAAAGAGACCUUAGGCGACUUGGACUCAACAACGCUCGACCAUCCCGACUAAGAUGUCUCCUUAUCAUCACCAGGAUUAAGAUGAGCUCGCAUGACCUCUACGUUUGAAUGUCCUCUUAUCAUGAUACCAAGAUUGAGAUGAUGUUGCCUGACCCCUACGUUUAAAUGUAUAUAAUUCUUGCUGGUUGGCUUCAAGAUACGAGCAAUGUGCUCCUUGAGCUUGUAUCUCCAUAGUGUAAAGUUCAACCAACAAAAUGUUCUGUUUGGUAGGAGAAGAACUGCAAUUUAUAAAAAUAAAUGUUUGCAUGUGUGCAGCUGACCAAA